AUGGCCUCUCGUUACCCGGUGGUGGUGCUUGGAGGCGCCAUCGUCCUGAUCCUCUACAUUCUCAGUUUCGUCCAACGUAAAUGGACUCGCUACCGCUUUGCCCGUGACAACCACUGCCAGGCUCCCGUGCGUAUGCGCACUGUGGACCGUCUCUUUGGCAUCGACAACCUCUAUGGGACCAUCGUGGCUGCCAAGAACCAUAGAUUCCUCAAUCGAAGCCUGAAUAACUUCCGCACAUACGGCCAUACGUUCACCAGCAAGCGAUUCUUCACCAAAGUCAUCGUCACCCGCGAGCCACUCAACGUCAAGACCAUACUGUCCCUCAAGUUCAAGGACUUCUCCCUAGGUGACCGCAUCCACUCAUUUGGCCCUCUCCUGGGAUACGGCAUCUUCACCACCGACGGUGAACACUGGGCCCAGUCACGCGCCAUGAUCCGUCCCAACUUCAUCAAAGACCAGGUGGCCCAUCUAGAUAUCUUCGAGGAGCUCAUGAGUGAUUUGCUACCGCUGAUCCCUACGGACGGCCGCACAGUAGAUCUUCAGGAGCUAUUCUUCUGCUACACCAUCGACUCUGCCACGGAGUUCCUGUUCGGUCAUAGCGUGCACAGUCUGAAGAAGAAGCGGUCCGAUGUGCAGGAAGACCCGGAAAAGGACUUCGCCAGUGCUUUUAACUACGCCCAGGAUGCCAUCGCCUACAACGCCCGUCUGGGCCGACUGAGCGAUCUCGUUCCGGAUCGUAAAGUGGCAAGAUGUAACCGCGUCUGCCACGAGCUGGUCGAACAGUAUGUCGACAAGGCUCUGAAGUAUCGCGCCAACUACGACGAGGAGAAAGCCAGUGACGACGACGGCAAAAAAAAGAAACGAUAUCUGUUCCUGCAAGGGUUGGCUCAGCAGACUGGCGAUCGGAAGCGCAUCCGCGACGAGCUGAUGAACGUGCUCCUGGCUGGUCGUGACACCACCGCCUCCUUGCUCAGUAACAUGUUCUUCAUGCUGGCUAAGCAUCCGCAGGUGUGGGCGAAACUGCAGGAAGAGGUUGCGACCCUGGAGGGACGUGCCCCGACGUAUGAGCAAUUGCGAAAUCUGACAUAUCUCAAAUACUGCAUGAAUGAAUUUGGAGGCGGUCCUAACGGCAAGUCCCCCGUAUUUGUCCCCAAAGACACAGUCGUCGCAUACAGCACAUUCUCGAUGCAUCGACGGGAAGAUUUCUACGGACCAGAUGCGGAAGAAUAUCGACCAGAGCGAUGGGCCAGUCUGCGACCGGGAUGGGAGUAUUUGCCGUUCAACGGCGGACCUCGUAUCUGUGUGGGCCAACAGUAUGCGCUCACAGAGGCGGGAUAUGUGACGGUGCGGUUGGCGCAGCAGUUUUCCGUGCUGGAGAGUCGUGACUCCGGACCGUGGGAAGAGAGUUUAACCUUGACUUUGUGUUCGAAAAACGGGACUCAGGUCAGCUUGAGACAUUAG